ACUCAUCCGAAAAAGAAAAUGGCUGACGUCGCGCGAACAGCGUUCAGCAUCGUAGUUCUUGCAUAGGCAACACGAACGGCACGAUAUUUCUCAACAAGAAAUUGUAUUUUCCACGUUAUAUUUUCACCUUCUAUAGUUCAUCGACUCGGGCGCCUAUUUAGUUUUUCAUUCUUGUGUGUGCUUUUCAAACAGACAGAAAAAAAAACAAUUUUAUUUAAAAUAAAACGAAAAAAAAAAAACGAUUGAGAAUACAAAAAAAAAUUUAAAAAUAACAAACGAUUUACUAUUUUCCGUAAAGUGGUUUAGUGUGUUUCGGAGAGAGAACAAUUUGAAAUAAUAAACAGCAUUCGAUUGACUACAGAAAAUCUACAAAUUCAGCCAAUUAAAUGUUCAUUUGUGUUUUGUUGUCAACGUCAUCAUCCAAAGUACGGAUUUAAUGUUAAAACAUAACUAAUUUGAGUAAAAAGAAAUUUCAUUAAUUGGCUGUGUGUUUGCGUGUGUGAAAGUGAAGUUAUUAUAUUGUAGUCGACGUCGAUAUCAUAGAAAAUUUAACUUGAAAAAUAAAUGAAUGUGCUGAAGGAAAUAAGAAGUGAAAUAACAGCAUAAUUGAUCGAUGGAAUCAUAUGAUUGGUGAUACUUUUUUUGGUGUUUGUGCUAAAGAAGAAAGGAGCAACCGAAAAAAAGAAGAAGCAAAAAAUAUAUAAUUCGAAAAAAAAAGAGAAUUCCAUGUGAAUUGUUUUUUUUUUUCUUGCUCAAGUGCUGCGACAAAACAAAGUACAGAAUCACAACGAUUCAAUCGUAAAAAUUGAAACAUAAACCAAGAAUAAAGAAAUAAAAAAAGAAUAAAAAAUUCAUUAAUUGAACCGGGACAAACGUAACAACGCAUCGAAUUAGAACGCGCAAAUACCACAUUUUCGAUUUUCGUUUUGCUGUGCUUUGAUUUUAUUGAAAAUGAGUGGUUUAUAAUGGUGCCCACGUCGGAAUGAGAUGGAAGCGGCUAUACGUUCAGUUCAGGUUGGCCAGAGGGCUGACGCUGCGUCUUCUCAACCACCAGCAUCCAUUUCGUAUCAACAAAGAAUACCAUCUGGAGCAUCGCCAAUCCAUAGAAUAAACGAAUCAUUUCCUACAUUUUACUUCAGGCCCGUCGAUACACCACAACCAUAUAGCAAAGGACAACAGCCAAGCCCAGCUGCAUCACCUCAAUCUUAUAGAGUUCCAGCUCGAGAAGCGCCGAUUAGAUAUGUUCAACAAAAUCCAUAUGGAACUAUGCAGCCAUUACUACGGGAAGCCCCAUAUGUACGCGUACCACAAGUGCCACAACAAGUUGAGUAUCGAUCGGCUCCGAUUUCAGUUCCAGCAAAUAUAUCAAUAUCUCAUGGAUUACCACCAACCAGUACGAUUGAAACAAUUGCUAACAAUGCAUCGAAUAGACCCCGCAUUUCGCUGUUGCCUGAAGAUCGACGAAUUCCAAAUGAAUAUAUGUCGAAUCGACAACAACAACAAGCCCCUGCACCAGAUCAAAGUGGACCGCCUCCAUUUAAGAAAAUUCGGCUUACCGAAAAUCAUUCACAAUCUCCGCCUCCGUUGCUGAAAGUCGAUGUACGUGAACCACACUCGACUGGUGCCUAUCAUCCGCAAGUGGAAGCAAUAUCGCCAACACCACCAAAUGAUCCAUCGGAAGAGAUACGGGCCACCAAGGAUGAUUUAUUACAGAAAAUAACAAAAGUUGAUAUGGAAAUAAAUAAGGCUGAAAAGACAAUAGCAAUGCUAAAAUCGAAGCAGGCAUCACUCGAAGAAGUUGCCUCAAAGCCGGCCAAAGCCGAAGAAAAACAAGAAGUACAACCGAAACAUCGGAGUUUAGCGCAGAAAAUUUAUGCAGAAAAUCGAAAGAAAGCGAAUUCAGCGCAUGAGGCAUUAGCACCUUUAGGUCCACCAGUCGAAUUGCCUUUGUACAAUCAACCAUCGGACGUAGACAUUUGUAAAGAAAUUAUUCAACGGCAUCAGUCGUUUAAAUCUAGGCUUUUAUCGCAUUUGAAGAAACUUAAGUCUGAACGAGCAGCUAGAAACCAGGCAUUGGCCGAAAAAUAUUCGCUAUUGUCACAAGAAUGGUUGCGUCGCGUCGAAAAAAUCGAAUCGAGCGCUAAGCGAAAGGCGAAAGAAGCGAAAAAUAGGGAAUUUUUUGAAAAAGUUUUCACUGAAUUACGAAAACAACGUGAGGAUAAGGAACGAUUUAAUCGGGUCGGUUCACGCAUCAAGUCUGAAGCUGAUGUCGAGGAAAUUAUUGACGGUCUACAAGAACAGGCGAAUGAAGACAAGAAAAUGCGAUCGUACGCAGUUAUUCCUCCAUUAAUGAUGGAUGCUAAACAAAAACGAUAUGUAUUUCAUAAUGAGAACGGAGCUCUCACCGAUAUGGAAAAUGACUUUAAGCAGGACCGGAAGAAUUCGAACGUGUGGACAACCGGCGAAAAGGAAAUUUUCAAAGAGAAAUUUCUGCAACAUCCGAAAAACUUUGGCGCCAUUGCUGCUAGUCUGGAUCGGAAGAGUGCACAAGAUUGUGUACGAUACUACUACCUCAGCAAAAAAACAGAAAACUAUAAACAAUUGUUGCGAAAGUCUCGUCAACGAACGCGAAGCUCCCGUAAUCCAAACAAAUCCAAUCAUACUCAAUCUCAGUGCAUUGUAGAUGCAAUGACAACGGGCGUAACAACGAGAUUGCAACGUGAACAACAACAAAAGACUGGUGCCCGUGCUUCGAAUUCAGCAAACAUAACGCCACCACAGGCAACAACAGGCUCGACAACACCUCCAAAUUCGUUGCCAUCUCAAUUUUCGUCUCAGGUGCGUUGCUCACAAGCUGAAAGCACAUCGUCAUCGACGACCACCAUAGACUCAACUAACAAUUCCACCGAUUCAUCCACAACUGCAUCAACAACUACAAAUAAUAUGAAUGAAAGUGAAACGGUGUCGGUAUCAACUAAAGCCGGUGACUCUGAUAGCAGUGUUAAGAGCACGAAUGUAGACAAGGAUAAAAAUGACGAAUCCUUUAAAGAGAAAACUGAUGGCACAGCAGCGAACACAACCAAUUCUAGCUCACCAAACGCAUUGCCAGCAGAUGGCACAGUCGCAAGCGCAAACAAUGGUGGAAAUCAAUCCCAGACAACUGUUUCCACUACAACGACAUCUUCCACAUCAAAUACCAACUGUACAAGCAUUCUGAAUACGGUAAAUGGUGUGAAAACGGAAAUCGUUACAUCGCUAGCGAAUAAAACCACAGCAUUGAGUGUUGCACCGUCUAAGGAAAAUGCUACGCAUUCGAAUAGCGUAAAUCAAGCAUCGGCUACAACGGUAACGGCGUCCACUACAAAUGCAUCGUCGGCACCAACCGAAAAUGAUACCGCUAAAUUAGACAACAACAAAAAGGCUGUGGAUACGAGUGUAUCAUCUGCUGUGAAUACUGUUGCAUCCAAUGCAAACGAAGAAGAAGAAAAAUUAGAAGAAAGUGAGGCAAAGAAGCGACGAAAAGAGACAUCCGAAUCAACGGAGGACGAUGCAACCACUGAUAGCAAAGAUAAAUUGCAUCCGUGCUUUGUAUGUAAAGAAGAAAAUUGUGUGCGAACGCGACCAUUGGAAAAGGGUCGUGGUCAACAGUACGGUAUUUCAGAUGAUACGAUUCCGGUCGGUGCUCGUGUAUGCAAUACGUGCCAAUGUAAAUCGGUACGAAAUCGGUAUCCAAGCUGUCCACUGCCAACGUGUCCAAAUCCCAAAGAUCGUGUAACACGAUUUAGAAAUUUGCCGGCUCGUUUAUUUGAAAUUGCCGCCGAUAUUCGUGAUCCAAUCAUUCAAGAAUUUCAAAUACCGCCAAAUGUUACGAAAUGCUGUUCGGCCUGUUUGAUAAAAAUUAAACGAAAAUUGGGUCCGAAUUUAACCGGCACAAAUUUAACUGACGAAGAAAUUACAAAAUUGAAAACCCUAUUGCAAGACAUUGGACCGAAAUGGUCACAACUUGCUGAAUCGUUAGGCAAAACAGCUGUUGCAUUAAGAAGUUUUUGCUUUCAUUAUAAGAAAAAGUACUCGUUUGAUUUGGCUGUGAAUGAAUAUUAUAAAUCGCAUCCAAGUGAGGAGCAUCGUACGACAAUUACCGAUGGCGAUGAAUCGGAUUUGAGUACAUCGUCAUGCGAUGAAAAUGAGGGUGGCAGUGAUACGGCAUCCGUUGAAAGUCCAAAAGCAACGUCGAACAACCAAACACCAUUAUCAUCGUCAUCAUCAACAUCAUCAUCGUCGAAUGUAACCGUUAAGAAAGAAGAAACCCUAACCGAACCGUCGAUUGCAGUUACAAAUACAGACGAUCGAUUAUUGCCACCGGUUGCACAAGCACCACGUAAGCCAAAAGCUGAAGAAUACGAUAGUUCAGCCACUGAAACUGCUGACGAAGAGAACGAAGCAUCGCCCGGAAAUCGAAACAGUCCAAAAGUAUUAUUGUAUCAAAAUCAAACAACAAUUACAAUGGUACCAUCAUCGGUACAAAAUGGACCACGCGAUUCAAUAAAUCCGGAAAUGACAAAUGUGCGUGAUGUUAUGUUGAAUGUGAUAGAACGUUCAUUGAAAACUGGCCAACAGCCACCGCCACCGAAACCAAGCAUUUCAAAACCAAACGUUUUGGAUUCACGUGCCGAUAUCACAUUCGUCGAUGUAUAUCGCAAUGACAUUGGAAAACCACAUCAUAUUUCUAGCAUGGCAAAUGUAACACAACCAGCCGCAUUGUCACGUACAUCGAAUCAAGAAGGAUUGGCAACACUUUCCGUUGUCAAUUCACAUGGUCAUACGCAACAAGUUUUAUCACAUCCACAUUCGAUCUCCAGUCAAAUUGCUGCAACCAUUACACCUGUGCAAAAUCAAACGUCGUCAUCAUCAUCAUCGUCGUCGUCAUCAUCGUCAUCAAAUCAAAAUCAAUCGUCAUCGGUACCAAAGUCAACCGUACAUGAUGUUCAAAAAGAAAGUGUUGUUGUAUAUUCACGUGCCGAUGAGCAAACAUUGGAUCUCAGCAUUAAAAAACCCGUACGUGACAAUUUCCCGCCACCCGCACAUUCAAAACCGAUUCCAGGCAGUAGCGUUACAAUGUAUCGCAGUGAUCCACAUGCACAUACACAAACACCACCAUCAAUUGUUAAUCCAAAUCCAAAUUAUAUGAUGUACGAUCACAAUCGACCAUCGAAAUCACCAUCAAUUUUUAUGUCGACUGUACCAACGUCAUUGCCAAUGUCACAACAGCCACAACAUAGUAUCCAAAAUUUACGCGCACAUCAAAGUCCUGUUAUGCAUUCACAGGUGUCACAGCAACCAUCGAUUUCGUCACAGUCAAAAGCCAAAACUGCACCAAAACUCAGUCCAAAAGUAACACAACAUCAAUCGAACAACCAACAGAGUGGUCACAAAGGUUCUAUAACACAUGGAACACCAGUAAAUUCGAACAAUCAACAGAUUCUUAUUCAAAGUCCAGCUACGCUUAGUCCACGAUUUGAUAGUAUUUUACGUCAAACACCACCAUCUGGUGAUAAAUUAGGUUCAAUCACACAAGGAACACCGGUUCAUUUACCACCACAUCAUUUAACUGAUAAGGCACGCGUCUAUGAUUACUACAAGAAUCGACAGAGUCCAGCUCAACCACAGCAGCAACCAUCACCGCAAGCGGCCACAUUCGGUUCACCGUACGCUCAAGUACGGCCAUCGGGCCCAUAUGUAAUUGAACAACCGGCACAGCUAAGCUCCCGACAAAUCAUUAUGAAUGAUUUUAUAACGUCACAACAGAUGCACGGCCAACAGGCACGAGGUCGAUCUGAAAAAGAAUCGCCAUCUCCACGAAGCGCUGGGGUCGCUGGAUCACCAGCAUCAUUGUACUAUGCUGAAAAAGAGCAACAGCGACAACGUGCCGAAUAUCUUAGUCGGGCAUCACCAGCUGAACAUAUUAAUAGUACUCCAAGCCCACACCGAACACCUCCACCUCAACGUCAAGGAGUGAUUCAACGUCAUAAUACCGGUGGUUCAAAGCCUCCAAGUCCCGCACCAAAUCGAUUGCAUAUUAUGCCGCAACAUCAUUAUGCGAUGCCAGGUCAUGAAGCAUUCUCUUCAUUGGUCGACGUAGCUGUUCAACAACCAUUGCUACCAGUUCCACAUAAAGAUGAGAAACGUCCAAAUGUUCCAAUCAGCGAACCAGCACAACACCAUGAAAUUCGUUAUCAUUCACAUUUAGCAGCUGCUGCCCAUGAACAAAUGGCAAUAAUGCAUCAACAACAGCAACAACAAAUGCGAGUUGAAAUGCAACGUAGACACAUGCAACAGGAAAGAGAAAGAGUCGACCGUGAACGAGAGCGAGUAGAUCGUGAACGUGAACGCCAUCAUCAAGAUCGUAUGGAUCGUGAGCGACGUGAAGAACAAUUCCGACAGCGUGGCGAUCGGUGGAAAUCUCCAGAAAGAGAGCGUGCGGAACGUGAUCACGAACGUGAAAGAAUCGCCAUUGAAGAACAACAAGAAAUCGAGCGAAGACGUAUGACCAGUGCUGGUGCACAUCCAUCACAUCCAUUCAUUCGUGAUGGCCAAAAUAUUUCACGUGAUGGCCGACCGGUUAGACAGGCUGAUGUAAGCUUGACAGCCGCAAGUCUAAUGGAUGCAAUAAUUACUCAUCAAAUAAAACAAAAUGCAUCCGAACCACCUGUGAUGCGCGACGGUCAUCGUCCACCAUUCUUUCCCGCGAGAGAUUUACAUCAAGAGAAUAAUGGAAAACCACAUUCUUUGAAUGUGAUAAACAUCGAUUCGGAUUCCGAUCGCCGUAAUCCAAUUUUGACAAAAAGCAUUACGCUUGGUGAAUUAACCGAUUCAAUAAUAGCCAAGGAUUAUAGUCAAAAUCCAUUUUUGCCAUUGCGACAAACCGCAUUCAUGCAAUAUCGGCCCGAUCAAACUGAAAUGUGGAAAAUGAAUCGUCGAUUAACAACAAAAGAUGGUAUUCCAGUGCAAUCACAGCCACCACCACAAUUACCACCGCCCGUUUCACAUAACCCGAGUAAAUCAUCGUCCAACUCAAAAGUGUCAAUGCAUGAGAUAAAUAGUAGUGCACGAUCAGCAAGUCCACGCACAACCAAAGCAUACCAUGAAUCAAUAACACCUCCCGAGAAUUAUCAUUAUGCGGUAGCAUCAGCUCAUUCACGCAUACCAUCUCAACAGCAGGGAUCUGGUCAUCAAUUUGCUCUUGAUUGUUAUGUAAAGAAUCGUAUCGCCGAAGCAAUGCGUACCGAAGAAACUGAUAAACGUGGCGAUGACAUUCCUGAACAACAACGUCGUACGCCACAAGAACGACGAACACCAUCAUCGUCAGUUCAUCAUAACAAAGAGCAUGAUCGUAGUUCUACACCUGGUGAAAUGGUUAUUGACGAAGAAUCAUCACAGGCCCGUCCUGCAUCGGGUACAACAGAACGAAAAGAAAGCUGGCCAUCGUUCACACCAUCAACGUAUGCUUAUCCGUUUAGUGCAUUGAAUGUAUCUGGCGCUGCAGCAAAUUUACCGCCACCAAUGAAAACGGCUCACGUUGAAAGUGAUUCGAGGAGUCAACCACAAGCGCAAGAACCAAAACCAUUACUUUCGGCGCAAUAUGAAGCUCUAAGCGAUGAAGACUAAUAAAAACAUCAUAAUCACCCAUAAUAAUCAUCAUGAUAUUGAAUUAUUAUUUAGUUCAAACUGAUAUUAGCAUGCAGCAUCGCAAUUCGUAUCUGUAUCCAAAAUUGCAUUCCAUUUUCUGUUGAUAUACUGACACAUGAACAACCAUUACAAUCGUAUUUGUCGAUUCAACUCCUUUCAAAGAGCAAGUUUCUUUUGAACUUGAACGCUUUUCUAUUACAAACAUUAGUGAUUGCUAAUUAAACAAACGAACAGUUAAACACACAUUCUACUGAAUGAAUACAAAUGACAACGAUUAAGAUCUUAACCGAAAUUCGUUUAAUGGAAUUUCAUUCAAAUGAAUCUUUUGUUGUUUGUUUGGUUACUUAAAAUAAACAAACGAUUGAUUUGAAUUGUAUAAAAUAUAAUGUGCAUUAAUAAGUAAAUGCCAAGCACAGUGAUUUAUGUUUGUAGUUUUACACAAAAUUUGGUUUUUCUCCAAUUCCCAAAAUAACAAUAUACAAUUAUCACCAACAAACUAGACCAUUCAAGUUUUCAGAGAAACAUUUGCGACGACAGAAUUUGCUGAUUGCAUGCUUUAUCGACUUCAGUUUUGAGAUGUUUGAAUUGGUCCGACGACCACAAUAAUCAAUUGUGCACCCUAGGCUUGUUUGAAAAUUGAAUUAUUUUACAUCCGAUUUAGAGUCAUUUUACGCCGUCAGCGUAUUUGGAUCGAAUUUUUUUUGAAUUAUUGUGCAUAAAUGAUCGAUUUUCUUGCCAUCAUCAGUUGAAUAAUUUCGAUUCAAUUGUGAUGCAUUUUUUUGUGUUUUCAUUUUGAGUGGCAUGUGCAAGUUAAGAUUCAACUUGAAUCCCAUUGAUUGACUUCUUGAUGAUAUUAUGUUCCAAAGCUCUGGACCGCUUGGCAUCAUUCAUUGAGUGAUUAUUGAUUGGCAUUUGGCCAAGCAUCACGACAUACAUCAUUCAAAAUGUGAUAUCAAAUGAAAAAAAAAUGGAAUUAAAAAAAAACCAAAUUUAGUGUAAAAAAAUCACUACCAGUAUAUAACUAUGUAGAAAAAAAUGAAAAGCAGCCGAUGCUGCUAUAAAAAAUAUGGUGUUAAAAAUGGAUAAAAGAAGCCACUGUAUUAUGUACACAUGUGCUAAUACAUGUAAACUAUGUAUGAUCAAUAACAACAACAAAAACAAAAAUAAACAAUGAGAUAUAACUCCUGUAAAUCUGUAAAUUAUGAAUAUUAAAUAUAAUUUUUUUUUAAAACAUGAAAUUGUAAGCUGUAAUUUGCAACAAACAAAAAAAGAAAUUAACAUUUAGUUUUUAUGCGAUAGAUAGAAUGCAGUUGAAGCUGAACAAUGAUAAACAGCCAAAACAACUGUGACCGCGAAUAGACUGUUGCUGUUUGGUAUUUACUGUGUUUAAUUACAAAUUAUUGAUUAUUAUUCUUAUUCUUAAAAGAAACAAAGAAAAUUGGAGAAAAAAAAAUUGUAUGAUUAUGAUUUAUUAGUUUAUCGUGAAGUUGAGAAAAAGAAAUGAAACCUUUUGAAUAUGAAACAUAUUGGAGCUGAUUGAUAGAGAGAAUAUUCACACAGUCGAAGGACAACACACUCAUAAUCCUACUACUCCCAUUCUCAUGUCAAACACAUCUUUGUAUACACAGCAUACACAAAACUUAAAAGAAAAACAAACACACGCAAACAAUAAAACGAAAUGUUUUUUAAAAGAAAGAAAAUUAAGCGCGCCACUGACACCACAGCCUUUGCUGCCACAUCUGUAGUUGUUAAUAGCCUAGUUGAAUGUGUUAGUUUUAUAUUUAUUAUGUUUAAAAAUAUACAAAGGUAAAUUCCCUUUUGCAAAAAAUUCCAAAGCAGAAUAUUGUAUGGUAUGUCAUUCUCAGGCAUCCCCCAACAGGCAAUUGUAUUGCCAUGGGACUCUUUAUUUGUUUUCAUUUUAGAGCAAAACAUUUGUGUUCAACAUAUGCUUGUUACGAUAAUAUAUACACGGAAAAUGCAUGUAUCAAAAUCGGGUAGAGUCUAUGAACAAUUUCCGUGUGAUUUUGCGAGCAAGAAAAAAAAACAUAACAAUCAGCACACACACAAUCACUCCCAUUUCGAAGCGGUCAACAUUUUCUUUGUCGUUUCAUUUCAUUUUUAAAUACAUUUAUUCUUGUGUUGUUUAAUUAUUAUAGUAGUGUGUUUAACAACACAUGUUCAAUAAUGUAAAAUAGAGAAUUUCAACCGCAUACCAUUGAAAUGACUACUUGGACUGCUAGGCUAUAUUCAUAAAUAGCGACCAUCUAAUGUUAAUCUCAUGUCCUUAACAAAGCACACGAGCCGUUCGUUCGAUGACAGCUAUCCGUUGAAUAUGGCUGUGCCAUCUAAUUAGUCAAUUCCCAUUUAUGAUGUCAUGCUACCGAUCGCAGUCACAUCUUGAGAGCUAAUGUGCAAACAAGAAAAAAAGCCCGUUUAAAUAGUGUUUAAUUAGAUAACAGCAACUACAAAAAAAUCUGCAAAAUAUAUGAAAUGCAUCCAAUAUUAUGAAAUCAACAAACAAUCCCAUACAUUACCCCAUAUAAAAACAGCAGAGAUAAAAUAUAAUGGCUCGCAUUCAGCAAAAAAACACUCACUCACACAACUACAAUACAAUUACUAUUAACUAACGUAUGUAUAUUUGGAUUAAAUAAUUGACAAAUUACAACAAAAACAACCACACAAAAUUAUGAAAGAAAAAAAUAUAUAUUAAUUAUAGUUUAGAUAGGUCAACACUUAUAGAAGGAAUACACGUAAAAUUGCAGAAAUAACUACUGAAACAUUGUAUAUAUGUACACCUAAAACAAACAAAACAAACAAAUAAAAAAAAGAUUAAAUAUAAAUAAAAGUUCAUGCAAACAUUUAAAUGAAACAAUA